CACUCGGCCACGCGCGCGCCGCCCGGCCCCACUCGCGCAGCGCGGGCCUCUGUCGGCUGCAUUGUCCGCUUGCCAGCCCCGCGUCGCCCAGCUUUUCUGCUUCCCGCGCGCCGGACCCCCGGGCCCGGCCGCCACCUUGGUCCUGCGCGGGGCGCCGCCCGCGGAAUCCCUAACGCGGGAAGGGGGCGCGCCCGGGCAGCGCGACAGGCCUCGGACGUCCCUGGCCACGCACGGAGCAGCAGCGGGAGCAGACUCUCUUCAGAGAAAGGGGUCUCCAUCCCAUCUCAUUAUGUCAAGACGAAGCCAGCGCCUCACGCGCUACUCACAGGGUGACGAUGAUGGCAGCAGCAGCAGUGGAGGGAGCUCCGUGACAGGCAGCCAGAGCACACUGUUCAAAGACAGUCCACUCAGGACCUUGAAGAGGAAAUCCAGCAACAUGAAGCGCCUGUCUCCAGCGCCACAGCUGGGCCCCUCUGAUGCCCACACCUCCUACUACAGCGAGUCCAUGGUCCGGGAGUCCUAUGUAGGCAGCCCCCGGGCAGCAGCCCUUGCUAGGAGUGCCCUUCUUGAUGACCACCUGCGCAGUGAGCCCUAUUGGAGUGAGGACCUGCAUGUAAGGAGGAGGAGAGGCACAGGUGGCACGGAGAGCAGCAAGGUCAACGGGUUGGCGGAGAAGAAGGAGGACUUCCUCGGCUCCUCCUCGGGCUACUCUUCUGAGGAUGACUUCGUGGGUUACCCGAAUAUGGACCAGCAUAGCUCAGGGUCACGGUUACGGAGUGCUGUCUCUGGCGCAGGCUCCUUUGUCUGGAUGCUGGUCACUUUCCCAGGCCGGCUCUUUGGACUUCUCUACUGGUGGAUAGGCACCACCUGGUACCGCCUGACAACAGCCGCCUCCCUCCUAGAUGUCUUUGUUUUAACCAGGUCCAGGCGCUUCUCCUCCUUGAAGACAUUCCUCUGGUUCCUCUUGCUGCUGUUGUUCCUGACGGGCCUGACCUAUGGUGCUUGGUAUUUCUACCCCUAUGGGCUGCAGACAUUCCACCCUGCUGUGGUGUCCUGGUGGGCAGCAAAGGACGGCAGACGGCAGCCUGAAGUUUGGGAAUCCAGAGACGCGUCUCCACACUUCCAGGCCGAGCAGCGCAUCCUAUCCCAAGUGCACACCCUGGAGCGCCGCCUAGAAGCUCUUGCUGCUGAGUUUUCCUCUAACUGGCAGAAGGAGGCCAUCCGACUGGAACGCCUGGAGCUGCGGCAGGGGGCUGCUGGCCAGGGAGGUGGCGGUGGUGGCCUGAGCCACGAGGACACCCUGGCACUCCUGGAAGGGCUAGUGAGCCGCCGCGAGGCUGCCCUGAAGGAGGACUUCCGCAGGGACAGUGCUGCCCGCAUCCAGGAAGAACUGGCCACCUUGCGGGCAGAAUAUCACCAAGACUCAGAAGACCUCUUCAAGAAGAUUGUCCAGGCCUCCCAGGAGUCAGAAGCUCGCAUCCAGCAGCUGAAGUCAGAGUGGCAAAGGAUGACCCAGGAGGCCUUCUGGGAGAACUCUGUGAAGGAGCUGGGGCGGCUGGAGGCCCAGCUGGCCAGCCUGCGGCAGGAGCUGGCAGCCCUGACCCAGAAGCAGAGCUCAGUGGCAGAUGAAAUGGGGCUAAUACCGCAGAAGAUCCAGGCUGUGCGGGCUGAUGUGGAAUCCCAGUUCCCCACCUGGAUCAGUCAGUUCCUUCUCCAAGGGAGCAGCGCCCACCCUGGGCUCCUCCAGAGAGAGGAGAUGCACACCCGGCUGCAGGAGCUGGAGACCAAGAUCCUCGCCCAUGUGGCAGAGAUGCAGGGCAAGUCAGCCCGGGAGGCCGCAGCCUUCCUGGGACGGACACUGCAGAAAGAAGGUGUGGUCGGGGUGACAGAGGAGCAGGUGCACAGGAUUGUCAAGCAGGCCCUGCAGCGCUACAGUGAGGACCGCAUUGGGAUGGUGGACUAUGCUCUGGAGUCAGGAGGAGCCAGUGUUAUCAGUACCCGAUGUUCCGAGACCUACGAGACCAAGACAGCCCUCCUCAGCCUCUUCGGCAUCCCCUUGUGGUACCAUUCCCAGUCACCCCGUGUCAUUCUCCAGCCAGAUGUGCAUCCAGGUAACUGCUGGGCCUUCCAAGGGCCCCAGGGUUUCGCCGUGGUCCGCCUCUCUGCCCGUAUCCACCCCACAGCCGUCACCUUAGAGCACGUGCCCAAGGCCUUGUCACCCAACAGCACCAUCUCUAGUGCCCCCAAGGACUUUGCCAUCUUUGGGUUUGACGAAGAUUUGCAGCAGGAUGGAACACUUCUUGGCACAUUCACCUAUGACCAGGAUGGGGAGCCCAUUCAGACCUUCUACUUCCAGGCUCCUAAAAUGGCCACGUACCAGGUAGUGGAGCUACGGAUCCUGACCAACUGGGGCCACCCCGAGUACACCUGCAUCUACCGCUUCAGAGUGCACGGGGAGCCUGCCCACUAGCUCUUCGACAUCUCGUGCCUGUUGCCAGCCCUCUGGGAGGCUCACCCCUCCCAGCAGCCACUCCUGCUCCAGGAGUGGAUGCAUAGCACCCUGCCACUGCUCCCACAUGCUUAUUGGCAUUCUGAUUUCCAGGAGCAAAAAACGCUGGCCCCAGGGAGAUGAGGAAGAAUAUACAGGCUUUCCCACAUAGCCAGGCACCUCGAGGUGACCAUUGGGCUCCAGCAGCCCCCUUCACCUUCCUCCUUGAGCUGGGUGCCACAGGGUGUAUAUAUGUAGCAUACCAUGGGGGACUGGGAGGCAGGGAAGUGAGGCCAACUGCCAUCACCUGGGGUGGAGGGACUGGCUCCAAGGUGUUCCUGAUGGGAGGGCAGCUGGAUAAAGGAGGUGCCAAAGUUGUGGGUGGGCUGGGCCACCCCAGGAGAGGUGAGAUGGGUGAGUUGUGCAACCCUCUGGGAGGAGGAUGCUUAGCACCAGGCAACUGAGUCCAUCCACAGGAGACAUCUGGAGGCCCUCAAGGCAGGGGAAGGCCUAGGGAAGCUUAACCCACAGACCCUGAGGGACUCCUCUAGAAGUCCUGGGGAAUAGUAGCUGUGGGGUUCUUUGUGCCUUGGAGGGGAUGGGCUCCUACCAGUCUAUAAGACACCCCGAUGCUGGGGUGGACAAUGCUUUCUCUCCUGAUACCAAGGCAAGAGCCCAUGAUGCACCCCACUUCUGCUGGGGCCUGCCUAUGCCCCAGAGCAAGCUUUAUACUCUCUUCCAGGCUGUGGGGGGCCUCAGGCCUGCCUUUGGGGUCAUUAGCCCCUAGAGGGAGCAGGGGACUUCAAGGCUCUCCUAGGUCAUGCAGAUGCUGAUAGUGCUGUUCAGGGUACUGGGUAAGAAGAGGCUGUCUGUAUACCACCCCCUCCAGUCAGGCCCUGAUGGAGACGACACUCUCACUAUCCCCUUGUCUCUCCGCUGUUGCUCAAUUGUUUCCUUUCUGGCUCCUUCUCUAUGGGACAGUGGCAUGGGGGCUGGAAGGGAGGACGGCAGAAGUUAUGCUGUGUAGGAAGGAGCAAGAGGGGGCUUUUAGGCCCUCAGGCCCUGCUGUAUUAUGUAUAUAUUUUUCAAGUUUUUGGGUUUUUUUUUAAUUGAGAAACUAAGGGCUUGACUCCUAGCUCCAUUCUGUGGGGCACUGGGUGGUACUCAGUUCCUAGUUCCUGGCUGCCAAGAGGGGCUUGGUCCUGGCCUGCGGGAAGGACCAGGAGAAGCUGCUGGGCAGGCAGAUGCCCUGUGUUAGCAGGGCUGGACCCACUUGGCUCCAGGGCUUGGGCUGGUUGAAGCAUGGCACCCUGCACAGCCCUGCCCCUGUCAAAACCACCAGGACUUGUUUUGCGCUCUCCUGUCACAAAUGCUGCACUGUUGGUUCUUAAUGUUUUUAUCUCCAGAUUCUAAUUUAUGCCUAUGCAAAAAAUAAAGGAUGCCCAGGAUCAAUGGAAUGUGGUUUUUAUCUGACUACUGCAGAAGGUGGCUGCUAUUGCGGAAAUAAGGAAAUAAAAUCUUAGUCAAACCAAUCUCCCCAAAGACUUAUUCCUGAAGUUUAGAAACCCAGGACUUUUGGUAAAAACCUCAUGGUAAUGUAGCUGGGACCAGAGACAAAGUCAAUUCCAGUGUUUCUGAACUGGCAGAAGUGCAAUGGCUUUACCUCUUAUGGAGGAAAAGGCCUUUCCUGUCUUGGUGCUAUGAGAGAGGUCAAACCAAUCUCCCCAAAGACUUAUUCCUGAAGUUUAGAAACCCAGGACUUUUGGUAAAAACCUCAUGGUAAUGUAGCUGGGACCAGAGACAAAGUCAAUUCCAGUGUUUCUGAACUGGCAGAAGUGCAAUGGCUUUACCUCUUAUGGAGGAAAAGGCCUUUCCUGUCUUGGUGCUACUGAGAGAGGCAGAAAGUCACAUACGUAAGGAGCUGCAUCCCCUGACAAGCUGCACAGGACUGGCCCCCCAGCAGAACCCUGAAGCAUCUUGUACUGGCCAUAGCACCUUGCCCUGAGCUGAUUCUCACCAUGGUUAAGAAAAUAAAGGCAGGAAUGGUCAGGAGGAAGGGGUGUUGUGGACAACCAGAGCCAGGAGAGGGCACUGGAUAGAGUGCAAGUCCAGCCUGGAGCUUCUGGGUUCUGAGUCCCAGGACAGAGCUGGGCCUGCACUUAGUUCACUUCCCAUCCUUUCACCCAACACCUGCUCUGCAUCUAGUGCCAGUUUUCAACAAAGGAAAACACCCCCGAGCAGGAACAGCCCCAGUAAAACAUCCCUGAGCCUGCCACAUGCCAUCAAGGCUCAGUGCCUCUGCCCAGCUGCCCAUAUUCAAAUCCUGUUGGCCCCUCAGGGUACAACCCUCAUACCAUCUCCCUGGCACCUCCCCAACCCUAACCAAAUGCACUGUGGCACAUGGUCACACAAAUAAAGACCCAUCUGUGAGGUGGGGAUUUGGCCACCUCCACCCCACCUAUCCUAGGGCCUUAUUCCUGGUAGAGAUGCCACAAACACCUACCGCCUGUACAGAAAAGUCAGAUCUUGUCAUUUGAGACAGAAAGAUUAGCAAUGUUAUUCUUUAUCAACUAGAAAUGGGUUGGGAUUUUGUGCCAGAUGAAUUGUUGGGAGGGCUGAGACCUGCAGGGACCUUUAUAAUCCCUGUUAAUGGCAGUAAAACACUGAAUUCAGUCAGCUCCCUGCUGGUAGGUGUGGGCCUAGGGUGACUUGCCUCCUGUGUGUCUGUGAGCAGAGGCCAAGGUAGUGGCCAGAGUUCCUGAAAGAAUGUUUUUGGCAACUACCACUGCUUAUAAGGCUAAAGAGUUCAAAUGCAAUGAGGUUUCACCAUGGCUAGGUCCUGUGGGGACAGAGUCGACAGCCUACUCCUGCCAUGCCGCUGCCCUCUCAUUAUGAAGGUACAGUCUAAGCAAGCCAGAGUCAACAGAGUGGGCAGAAACAGCCAAUAAAGGAACAGCAGGACUCAAAGGACAAGUCAGGUGGCUGGCAGGCAAAGCUGCAGGGUGAGGGCCAACAUGGGAAUGAGCAUCUGCUGGCUACACCCCCUCUCUGAGCUGCAGCUUCCCCAACUAGAAAACCAGUGCUAGCAAUGCCUACCCAGAGAUAGGAGCUGUGAAUGUCAGGCCACAAGUGAGUGAGCCCUCCUGGCAGUCCUCACCACACAGCAGAUGUGGCCGUGCCAUGUUCUCCUCUCUGGCCUGCCCAGGGCCUCAC